CUAUCAUUUAAAUCUAACGGGUGCUGCCUCGCUCUUUAUCAGAUGCCCUUUUCAAUCGUUUCUAUCUAUUUUUUUUAGUUCACAAGCAACAAUCAUGAAUUCAAAGCAGAGAAAUGAUGCAGCUUCAAACACACACUCCUCAUCUACUGUUACCAGGCCCCCAGUUUUCCCUUGGAAUGAGGACACAGAGAUAACAUCCACUCUUAAUGAUUUCCCCUUUCCCAAGGAAAACAUGUGGAUUUUGGAUGUCUUGUUCCUUAGGACAGGGUACAUCAUCAACAGGUUGUUUAUUCAUGCUCAAGCCCAAUGGAGGAAAAAUGGUCUGCACAAGAAGGGGGUAAAAGCUUGUAAGAAACAUCGGAGCCAGGAAGGGGAUCAUUGGCUGAUGGCAAGUGGGCCACGCUGCAAUUACGAACAACUGCUAGACAACUCAAUGAGCAUAACUUUUGAAUGGCCAAAGGGGGCUAACUGUACAGCAUUCAACAGAAACUAUUGGUUUCGUUGUGAGAAUUCCUGUCCAUCAAAGAUGGAAGGUCGAGAUUCCAAAGUGGUUUUCACCUUCGAAGACAUCUCAGGUCAGGUAUUCGGUCGGGUUUCGUUUGAUGUAUGGGUUACAACAACUCCUGUCAAAGACCUAGAAAUAGAUGAGCAUGAACUUAAGUAUACGCCAAAUCCAAAGUCAGAAGCAAAACAAACAGUUUCGGAAGUUAGUCACCCAGAUCCUAUUGAGUCAGAGGUUUUCGUGAUUCAUGUGCGGGGAAAGAAGAAUUUCCAAUUAUUGCAAAAGAUCAGGGAUGCCAUGGAGACAGCUGAUGAAUUGAAGCUGAAGCAGAAGAAAAGACGAAAGAAAAAAAUACAACUAAACACAAUGCUCCUGCUACAAUAACACAUCCACCAGAGAUGUCAGAUGUGGAUGAAGUUGCCAUCCCAACUCAAGCAUCUGACAUAUCUGUGGUGUCAGAUCAUUAUUGACCCUUGGAAAAUAGCAAGCACUAAUACUAAUACAUAAAAAUAUGUAAAAGAAACCAAUAAACAGUAUUAUAUCAUUCAACUACAUUAUUUGCAUUAAAUGUCUAUGGUUAUGCAACUUUAGAUAAUGAUAUCUC